AUGGCAGCUUUCAAUCACACCCAGUCUGAACCUUCAACAUUUAUCCUGAUGGGGAUCCCUGGCUUUGAAGAUGCCCACCUCUGGAUUUCCAUCCCAUUCUCUAUGAUCUAUGUCAUCAGCCUGCUGGGUAAUGUCACAGUUCUCUUUGUGGUAGGCAAAGAGCAGACCCUGCACAAGCCGAUGUACCUGCUGCUCUGCAUGCUGGCGCUCACCGACAUCGGCACCUCUACCUCUGUCGUGCCAAAGGCACUGGGCAUAUUUUGGUUCAAUUUAAAAGGCAUUACAGUGGGUGGCUGCCUCACCCAGAUGUUCUUCCUUCAUGAAGCUUCUGUGAUGCACUCGGCCAUCCUUGUAUUUAUGGCCUUGGAUCGUUAUGUUGCCAUAUGUUACCCUUUGAACUACACCACCAUCCUCAGCAAUGCACGAAUCGCUAAGCUAGGGCUAGCGGGUUUGGUAAGAGCUGUCCUCUUCAUUCUGCCCAUGCCCCUGCUCCUCAGGAGGCAGCCGUUCUGUGCCAACUCCGUUAUAACCCACACGUACUGUGACCACAUGGCUGUGGCAAAGGUAUCGUGCGGGGACAUCACAGUCAGCAGGACGUACGGCUUGGUGGUUGUAUGCGUAGUCAUCGGAUUAGAUCUGAUACUCAUUGCCCUGUCCUACGGUCUAAUCAUCAGGGCUGUCUUCCGACUCUCCUCCAAGAAAGCCCACCAGAAAGCCCUCAACACCUGCACUGCCCACGUCUGUGUGAUACUGACGUCUCAUACUCCCUCUCUUUUCUCCUCUCUGACACACCGGUUUGGUGAGGGCAUUGCCCCGCAUGUUCACAUCAUCUUGGCCAACCUCUAUUUCCUCCUCCCUCCCAUGCUCAACCCCAUCAUUUAUGGGGUCAAAACCAAAGAGCUUCGUGACAAAGUGUGCAAAUACGCCUGCAGAAAAUGA